ACAUUAUCUCCAGAAACUGAAGCUCUAAUGGCUGUCAUUGGCAAUAUGAAGAAUCUCGAGACUGCAACAAUCGAAUUGGAUUAUAGUGUUACAGAUGAGUUAAUCAUAAAUCUUGCCAAUAAUUCUAAAAAUUUGAGAUUUUUACAUGUAUAUGGUUCAAAAAUAACUGAUAAAGGUUUAAUUGCACUUAAUAAGUUGAAUCAAUUAAAAGACUUUAAUCUUGGCUUAAGGGCAACAGGUACAGAAAAUAAAUCCAUCACUGAUCAGUCAAUUCAAUGUUUGUCUAACAACACAAUAGUAUACUUGGACAUAUCAGAAUGCAUUCAAGUUACUAAUAGCUCAGUCAUUGAACUUGUUAAAAAUUUACCAAAUUUAAAAAUUCUCCGUAUUGAAAAUACUAAAGCAACUAUUGACGUUGUCAAAGAAAUCAUCGAAUUGAAAAGAAACUCUGAACUGUUGUUAACUGUAAUGGUUUCUUUUGAAAUUAAUGAUGAUAUUACUGAAUAUUUCACGAACCGAACAGUAUCGUUCGAUAGUUCAUUUGAAAAAUAAUAUACUUUAUAUUAAUUAUUGUCUUUGCUUGUAUUUUUCAAUGCAGCAUAUUUUUUUUUCAAAAAUUAAAAAUUCACAGUUCAAUUAAUUUAAUUGAAAAUUAAAUUAAUUAUAUAAUACAUUGUACUAAUUAUUUUCAAUAAAUAUUGGAAAAUUAUAUUGUCAUAAUUUGAUUGUUUUAUUUAAUGUAAAGAAAAUAAUUUUUUUUUUUUUUUUUUUCGAAUAAAUAAUGUACUACUUUAUCCAUUUAUUUUCAUCCAGUUGUUAUUUCUUGCCUUAUAAUAUUAAAAAAUACUUUGACUGGCUUUUAACUCAAUUGUGCUUUUAAUUUUUUUUGCACAAAUAUUAAUAAAAUAAAUUAAUAAUUAAGAAUAGUUUAUAAUUUACAAAAAACUAUAAGUGAUUUUGAGUCAAUAUAAUUAAAACUUAAAUAAUCAAAUUAUUUAAAAUUUAUACCAUGAUUUUCCCUUCUUGAUAUACCAUUAUGCUACCAACGCUACCAAUGCUACCAAUGCUACCAAUGCUACCAAUACUACGGCUGAGUAGUGGGCAUCGUAGACACGUUUUUUCUUGUUCAUUCUCAACGUGGAUUUUCUAGCGAUCACACACGAUCUUAUCAACGUGCAAAGAAAAGAGAAUAACCUGAAAUAUGGAGACUGUUGCAAUUGAGAAUCAAUGGAUUGAAAAGUUCCAGGCGAUUUCAAAAGAAGAAAACAACUCAUCAACCAAAAUAACUAUAAAUGAUUUGCAUCCACGUGGUGCAAGUAAUGGUAAAUAUGAUACGGAACGUAAACAAAUGUUGAGUGAAAAACAAAGACAAUUUUUAGAACAGCGCAAAAUGCGCAUGAUACGCAUGCAGCCACUAUUUGCAAGUCAACCAAGACUUGAAAUAAUUUGCCAAAAUUGGAAAAAUGAUUUUGUUGAUUCCGGCUUUACAACAUAUAUUUUUUCUCGACAAACCACUGAAUCAUUUGAAAGUCGAGAAGAUGAUUUAAAAUAUAUGAUAAAUCUCUGUGGAUGUAAUUUGACGGAGCUUGAUUUAUAUAAUUAUCCUUCUUCUCGAAUAAUGCCAUUGGUCAAAUUUUAUUGUUUAAAUCUGACGUCACUUUUAAUAAGAUUGAACGAAGUGGAAAGUAAAGAUUUUGAUGAUGUUUUUUCUAACAUGAGUCAUCUCGAAACAUUAAUCAUUUAUUGGCAACGUGACAACUCAUCUUUACCAAUGACUUUGGUUAAGUCAUUGGAACAAGUUCGUGAAACCUUGAAAACUUUAGUCAUUUCAUGUGAUCAAGAAGACAAACUAGUUGGAUUAGUUUCUUCUAUAUUAUCUCCAGAAACUGAAGCUCUAAUGGCUGUCAUUGGCAAUAUGAAGAAUCUCGAGACUGCAACAAUCGAAUUGGAUUAUGGUGUUACAGAUGAGUUAAUCAUAAAUCUUACCAAUAAUUCUAAAAAUUUAAAAUUUUUACAUGUAUGUGGUUCAAAUAUAACGGAUAAAGGUUUAAUUGCACUUAAUAAGUUGAAUCAAUUAGAAGACUUUAGUCUUGGUUUAAUGGAAAUGGAUACAGAAAAUAAAUCCAUCACUGAUCAGUCAAUUCAAUGUUUGUCUAACAACACAAUAGUAAACUUGAACAUAUCGAAUUGCACUCAAAUCACUAAUAGCUCAGUGAUUAAACUUGUUAAAAAUUUACCAAAUUUAAAAAUUCUCCAGAUUGAAAAUACUAAAGCAACUGUUGAAGUUGUCAAAGAAGUCAUCGAAUUAAAAAGAAACUCUGAGCUAUUGUUAACUGUAUGGAUUUCUUUUAAAGUUAAUAAUGAUAUUACUGAAUUUUUCACGAACCCAACAGUAUCGUUCGUUAGUUCAUUUGAAGAAUAAUAACUUCAUGAUAAUUAUUUUCAAUGCAUCAUAUAAAUAUUCAGUUUAAUAUUAUUAUUACUUUAAAAAACUGUAAACCACAUUUUUUUUUUUUCAAAAAUUAAAAAUUUACAGUUCAAUUAAUUUAAUUGAAAAUUAAAUUAAUUAUAUAAUACAUUGUACUAAUUAUUUUCAAUAAAUAUUGGAAAAUUUUAUUGUCA